AUAGAAAAAACCUCGAAUCAUUUAGGAGGGUAUCAUGGCGCUUUUCGCAGGGGUUAGGACAGGGCACCUAGACUCAAUAUGGGCUACCUAAUACGACCACACCUCAUCCUCCAUUCUCAGCUUUAAUCAACUUUAACACACAGAGACUAGGUAUGAUAAUACUUGCCUCUACAAAUCCUCUCAAGUCACUUACCCUAAACAUGCAUCAAUAAUGUCGUCUUCAUCAGUCACCACAUCCAUCCCCACGGGCCCUAUUCCGGAAUGGUGUCUCAUGCCCCAAUCCGAGCGCAAAUCACUCUUCAUAUGCCCGGAAUCAGGCAUUAGCGUCAAGCAAGAAGAUUUCAUCAGCAUAUGCUGCGACGGUGUCAUCGUCGAUACCUCCAUUGACCUGUACUCUUCACUUAACUCCUCCAACUGGCUUUUCCCGUAUUCCGUCCCGAACACUAACACUACCACCCCAAUUGACCUAUCAAACCUCCUCUGCUGCCCCAUCUCCGGGGUGCAAUCGCAAGCGCUCAAUCCCAUCCCGGGCUCUAGUGCAAGAACUUCCUGCGCACCCGGCACGUUAGCAAGCCCGCUGGCUAGCCUAGCCGCGACGAAUGCUUCGGACGCGGAUUUGUUUCCGGUCACCUAUGCUAGUGUAAGCGCGAGUGCGACCGUGAGCGGAGAUCUCUCGGCCACUAUCACGAAUGAUUUGUGGGGUUGGGGCACCCCGACGUACGGCGCUUCCGGGUCGCCGAUGUGUCUAUGGGCUAACACGGCGAGUGGUGUGAGCGUGGCGGAGGUUACGGUGCCGGUGUCGUACGUGGCGUCAGGCACGACUACAAGUGCGGAUUCGGGCUCUAGUUCGAGCGCGGAGCCAUCACCGUCUAGUGCUGCUACAUCGUCAAGGGGAUUGCGAUGGCGUUGGGGGUUGGGCAGGGUAUUGAGGUUGUUGAUCUUGGGCUUACUUCUUGCUUGGUGAGCCGAUCCUUAAUGUGAAUGUGAACCGGGAGAGUUAUGACGAUUACGUGUAGCAAUAGAUGUAAAUUUUUAUGACGUUUAGGACAUGCCGAUUAAAAUAAAAAGCUCUGUAUGAAAUGAGAAGCUCCAUUCCUGGUUCCUAACAUUGUCUUUCAACAAUAUAUUCACAAUAGGGGUACCUGUCCUAGGGGAAGUUUCUAGGGGCAACCACGGAAUGGUGACUCAAAAGACAUCCAUACGAGCAGCAUCCCAAGUACCAUCAUAUACCUAGAUGAAUAUACUGCUCAUCGGAGUAGACAACGGGACAUACAUUCACCGAGAGAGUUCAUCAACUUCCAUGCACGGCUAAUUCCUAUUGGCUCGGU